CCCUUUAUUUAUUUCCAUUUUCCACCACCCGUCCCUUUCCCCACUUCCUCAUCUCCAUAAUAAUAUCCUCCAUAAAUCGUUGACUCCCUUGUUGGAAGAUUUAAUUUAGAGGGAGAAAUUGUAAUAACGGGAACUAAUGGGUGAAGAAGUGAAUGAUGAGAGAGUUCUGUGGUCGGUUGGUCUUCCCGGCACCGAUGAUCUAACGCCGUUGACUCUACAGUUGAUUCCGGUGGAACUUGCUUCUGCGUUCAGAAUCUCGCCGGAAUCCUCAAAGACAAUGACCGAUGUAAAUCGCGCUUCGCAGAAUACAUUUUUUUCUCUCCAGAGGUGGCACUCACAGGAUAUGGCUUCAAUGAAUAACUCCAAUUUCAAGCCGUUUGAUGAGGAGAGGACUAGAGAAGAGACUGUUACUGAAAAAGACGAAACGGAUCAGGGAUCCGAACCGAGGAAGAUCCGGAGGGUUGAAUCCGGCGGCACUGAAGAAGCUGAUUCUGCUCUGUGUAACGAAGAUGAUUCCUCGGCUAAGGCUUUGAAGCGGCCAAGGCUUGUUUGGACCCCACAGUUACACAAGCGUUUUAUUGAAGUGGUGGCACAUUUAGGUAUCAAGAAUGCUGUGCCAAAGACGAUUAUGCAGCUUAUGAAUGUGGAAGGAUUGACACGAGAGAACGUAGCAAGUCAUUUACAGAAGUAUAGAUUGUAUACCAAGAGAAUGCAGGGGCAGUCAAAUGAGGGGCCUUCUUCGUCUGAUCAUUUGUUUACUUCCUCGCCGGCGCCACAGAAUUUGCAUGAGUCCAGUGAGAGUGGCCACCUGCGUAAUACUAAUGGCCACAUGGCAAUGCCAACUCCGAUGCCGUACCAACCACAAAUGGUGCCGAUGCCAAUGAUUGGAAUGGCUAACGGAGGACAUGUAGGCAUGCCAGUUGGGUACGGGGGUGGACCACCAGUUGGGUAUCAUCAUCAGUAUAAUAUGAUGCAACAGCGGGACUGGCCUGGAAAUAAUUUUGGUUACUAUCAUCCUGUUGCUUCUAAUGAUAAAUAGCUCUAAAAGCUGAGUGCAGACCUGUCAGAUGUCAUUUGAUCAUGGAAGAAUCAUGGCUGAUAUCAUGAGUUGUUCUCUGGUAAAAUCUGGGACAAAUUCAAGUUUGACAGCAGAAAGGCGCUUGGUUCGGUCUAUCCUUGCGAUGCAUUUUAGUGAUCUUUUUCCUAUGUUUAGUCCAGUAGCAGCAAAUUGUUAAUAUAACGUCUACCUGUUAUUUGAAUGAUUAAUGGUGUAACGUGUUUUAGUAAUGGGUGUAUUGAACCUUCUUUUUCCGCAAUGGUCCAAACUCAGUAAUAUACCUAAAACAUUGUCAGCAGCCCCUGCAUAUUGGGCAUUUGAAUCUUCAUCCUUCUGUCCCUACUUUAUGGUAUUCUUCUUCCUCAUU